UUCAUGUUCCACAUCAAAAGCUGUGUGGCAGUUCACAAUGUUGUUGGGAUAUAAAUUUUUCAUCUGGGUAACUGGUGGGUAGUGCGUUACAAACAAGACCAAGCACCGCUUCUGUGAACAAAAUGCAGACAGUCGGACCCAGACUGGUAGUAUCUCCCAUAUUUCUUUGCACAUCACCAGCACCCCUUAUAACAACGGCCCGGAAAGAAAUUUUUAAUAUAGUUCUAAAUCUCAAUUUCACUAUAAUAGUGUUCUUUAGUUCAUUACACGUCUGCAAUGGCCUCAUGCUUCAAGGCAUUAUGAAAGUAAACACCACAUUUGCGCUUAAUACCGGUAAUUUCCUACCUACCGCUCCGCAGUGGAAAAAGUUCCACAAGGGGGAAUCUUUUACUUGCAUGUUUACAGGUAGCCGUCCUUGAACACAGAUUACUAGGUAAUUCAUACUGGUGAGGAGUUUUACAAUCUAAAUGCUAAAAGCACGUUUUAUGUGAUUUAUGUUGGCUGUCGAGUAACAAGCAUUCUCCUGCCGGACUGACAACACCAGCGUCAGUGACCGCCCAGCCUGGGCCGACUCGUGCAACCUGCCCAACGAGUUUGGCGACGCAGACAACCUGAGCCCGGCAAUCGUGCACGAAAUGCUCGACACCGUGGCCAACCUCAUGCAGGCUGCCAGCAAGGCGGCCGUCGAGGCCAAGCGCAAGUUCGUCGCGGGGACCUUCUCGGAUUCGGAGUUUGAGCAGUCAGUGGCCGACUACUCGCAGCCGUGGCUGCCCGAGAUGCCGACGAACAACUUCGACUCUAUGACCACGGACGAGGUAUACCAGACAGUGUACCAGACGGCGUGCACCGACCUGCAGUACUACGCGGUGGCCAUGGAGCAGGCCAUGAUGGACCAGGCCACCUACCACAAGCCCUUCCAGCAGCUGUUUGCCGACGUGAAGCAGAGCAUUGGCGAACUGCUGUGUGAGCUGUGGCUCGGGAUUGAGCAGUUUCGGCUGGAUGGAGGGCCGGACGUGCAGCCUGAUGUGAUGCCCGACGAGUUCCGUAACCUGGAGCACGAUGACCAGCGCAACGUGCGCGACUACAUCGCCCUGCGCGACUAUGGACGGCUCACGCAGCGCAUAUACGAAUGUUUCAUCUACCUGCGCGACCGCCACUAGUGGUUUGCUUGUCAAGGUUCGUGCUGAUUGCGACACCCCUCCUUCUGAUUCCUCUCUGUUCAUGUGCUCACUCAUAGACCACGGCAAAACUCGCUAGCACGUUGCAACUUGUGUGCGCAUGCCAAUCUAGCGGCAGCCUAGAUGAUUGCAGCCCUAUAUUACAUCGCCAGAUGCGAGUCAGUACCUUGUCCUUGUGUUUCUUUCUUUCCAUCCCUAAGAAGAAGCUUCAUCUCGGGAGCUCCUGUCUAUCUACAGUCGAACCUCAAUAAUACAAAGAACACGGUUGUACAACGAACAUAAACAACGAAUGAAGCCCACUUUGUCAGACUGUGUUUGUGAGUGCAAUGAAUAAGUAAACAAAUGCAGGGAAAAUAAAAUCUGUCAGAUGCGGUGCUGUUUUUUCCUGAUGAUGAGUCUAGGCUAGUUCAACUACGCCUUUAAAGGGGCCCCCCUGAAACACUUUUCCAACUAAUCGUAGAAUGGCCUCACUAAUAAAGUAUGUUGCCUCAUGAAUUUCAUGCCGGCAAUUUUUUUUUAGUAUUACUUCAACUAUGAGGAGUUAUUGCACCGAUACUCGGCCUUCUCUCUCUUUUUCUCUCCUCUAUUGCGCUGGAAGCUACACAGCGGAGAAACUAGAGGGCAAAGCCCCGGCCAAAAGUUGAGUGCAGCAGCGGCGAAAGGGCUCGUCACGGCCCCCUAUGGAGGCUGCGGUAAACUAUGCCACACAGCACGACGCUGCCGUUUUGGAGGUCACGCAGCUAUGCACAGCGUAAAAAUGAAAUGAUUUUUGUGUCUUUUUGAGAUAGGAGACAUAUUUUUCAUUUAUUUAACCCUGAAUUAGCAGUUAUGUGUUACAGAGAAUGUUGUUGCGAUCAUGAAAUCAAUUAAUAGCGUUAGUCGGCGAACUGCUAUCAAUCGGCUUUCGAUAAUGACAUUGUAGAUGCAAGAGCAAGCGUCUGUUCACUGCUUUCGACAUGGCAGUGUAAUUCCCUGCUGCGUGCAGUGCAAUGUUAUUUGGCUCACAUAUACACAGGAGCCUCAUACACAUCAAUUUGAUUUUUUUUACUGCGUUCAAGAUGUGUUUCAGGGUCCCCUU